AUGAAGCUGAGAAGCAGCAGAAAGACUGUUCCAGCACCUGCACUCAACCAGAAAUGGCCAGCAAAUACUACCAUGAACAAAAGACGAAUAUGAGGAUAGUGAUGGUGGGGAAGACUGGGAAUGGGAAGAGUGCCACUGGAAACACCAUUCUGGGACGACAGUGCUUUGAAUCAAAGUUCAGUGCAAAGUCUAUGACUGUAGACUGUUCCCAGGGCAAAGCUGUGGUGGAUGGGCAACAGGUGGCUGUUAUCGACACCCCGGGCCUGUUUGACACCAGGUUUGGCAUGGAUAAAACAACUAAAGAUAUGAGCCAGUGCAUCUCUUAUGCUGCUCCUGGACCCCAUGUGUUCCUGGUGGUCAUCCGGCUGGGCAGAUACACCGAAGAGGAAAAGCAGACAGUGCAAAGGAUUCAAGAAAUCUUUGGACAGGCUGCAGACAGAUACAGCAUGGUUCUCUUUACUCAUGGGGACCUUCUUGAAGACACAACUAUUGAAGACUUCUUGAUGGAAUCCUCAGACCUGCAAGAACUCGUGGCCAGAUGUAAUGGCCAGUACCAUGUCUUCAAUAAUAAGCUGAAGGAUCACUCUCAGGUCACUGAGCUGCUCCAGAAGAUCAGAAAUUUAACCCAGAAGAACGGAGGAAGCCACUACACAAACAAGAUGUUCAAAGAGGCCGAGAAAGAAGAGCAAAUACGCAAAGAAAAAGAGAAACUGGAGAGAAAACUUCAGGAAGAAUAUGAAAAACAGAUGAAGGAAAUGAAUGAACAACUUCAGGCUGAGAGGGAGAGGGAGAGGAAAGAGAGAGAGGAGGAGAGGGAGAGGGAGAGGGAGAGAAGAGAGAGGGAGAGGAUGAGGCAGAGGGAGGAAAGAGAAGCAGAGAGGAAGAGAGAUGAAGAGGAGCGAGAAAGGCAUAGAGCAAAUAUGCAGAAAUAUUUUGAGGAGCAGCGUGAAAGGGAACUGGAAGUAGAAAGAGAAAGGUUGAGAUGGCAAGCAUGGCAGCAAUCUGAUUCACAAAAUGAUUGUACGAUUCUCUGAUUAAAAUGAGAAAGAAAGGGUCAAACUUCCCUCCUCUCACUAUAACACUGGAUGGUAAUGACAACUUAUCAGCCAUUGAUACCUCAAGUUAACAUACUGAUAUACUUUAAAACUCCACAUUUACAAUUUACAACUGGGAAGAACCAGGCAGUCCUUCUUGUCUGACAUCAUCGGUAACAAUGCAUAUAAUACAUGUACUAUGUUGGCUACCAUUGAGAAGCAAGUUCACUACCUUCUUUCUUUAGAAAUAAAAAAUUCAGUUAAAAUUCCCCUUACACAUAUUGCAUCAAUCAAGUAAUUCUCUUUCUCUUUACACAAAAUAUAAUCAGUGGUUUCUAUUCAUUCUGUACUUUAAUGUUUAAUGUGGUUCAUGCAUGUUAUAAAGCACUCUGAAUCUCCUUUGUGUAUAAUAUGUGCUAUUCAAAUAAACUUGCUUU